AUCUUUCUUUUCUUUUCUCUUAUUUGUAUUUAACAUGUUCCGUUUAAACAAUACGAUCCGUAUUCAAGGACGUCGUUUGUACUCCACCUAUGAACAUCUUUCUGCUGGUAAGCAAGCAUUGAUUUCCCAUUCUGGUAUCUAUCCUAAAGGAUUCCGUGCUAGUGGUGUCGCUGCACUUAUCAAAAAGAACAAGAACAAAGAUAUUGCACUUGUCGUGUCCGAGUUACCAUGCUCUGGCGCCGCCGUCUUUACCACUAACAAGUUUCAAGCUGCACCUGUCAUUGUCAGUAAAGAAACCUUAGCUCAAAACAAGGAAGCUUUGUACGCGGUUGUCACCAACUCCGGUUGCGCCAAUGCUGUUACUGGCGCUCAAGGCCUGACAGAUGCUAAAAAAAUGCGUUCUGUCAUGGAUGAGUUAGUUCAACAUCCCCUCAGUUCUUUAACGAUGUCAACCGGUGUUAUUGGUCAAAACUUGCCAAUGGAUAAGAUCGAGUCCGGUAUUCGUGAAGCAUACAAGUGUUUGUCUGCUGAACAUGAUGGUGGCUGGAUGAAUGCUGCCGAAGCUUAUAUGACCACAGAUACUUUCCCUAAAUUGCGUUCAGGAGAAUUUGGAUUGCAAGGUAGCAAGUUCAGAAUGGCAGGUAUUGCAAAGGGUGCAGGUAUGAUCCAUCCCAACAUGGCUACUCUGUUAGGUUUCAUGGUUACAGACGCCUACGUUAAGCCUGAAUUACUUCAAAAGGCUUUGACCUAUGCUGUCGAUCGUAGUUUCAACUCAAUCAGUAUUGAUGGUGAUAUGAGCACCAAUGACACAAUUUCUGUUUUAGCCAACGGAGGAAGCGAUGUUAGAAUUGAGACAGAAGGUAGUGAUUAUGAAGAAUUUAGAGAUCGUUUGACCGCCUUUGCUGUUGAACUUGCUCAAUUAGUGGUUAGAGAUGGUGAAGGUGCCACCAAAUUUGUUACACUCCAUAUCAAGGGUGGUGAGACAUUUGAAAGUGCCAAAAAAGCCGCAUCUCAUAUCUCUACCUCCAUGUUGGUAAAGACCGCUUUAUACGGUAAAGAUGCAAACUGGGGUAGAAUCUGCGCUAGUCUUGGCCAUAGUGGUAUCGAUAUUGACCCCACCAAAGUCAGUGUCACAUUUGUUCCUACCGAUGGCAGUAACAGAUUAAAUCUUAUGGUGAAGGGCGAGCCUGAAAAGGUGGAUGAAGACAGAGCUUCCGAAAUUUUAGAAAUGGAAGACUUAAUUAUUGAAGUUGACCUUGGAUUAGGUGAAAGUGAAACUAAAUUCUGGACUUGUGAUUUGACCCAUGAAUAUGUUACUAUCAAUGGUGAUUAUCGUUCUUAAAUAAUAAAUCCAGGCAUCGUGUGUAAAUAAGUGAUUAAAGACUUGAUUUUCUUUUU